UUACCUGCAAAAAUUAAUUCAUCUUUACGCAUUUGCAGAAGACUUUGGCUAGGGAAGAAACCCGUUUCCGACCAUCCUGCUGCUUUAAUUUGUAUCUUAUGAUUAGUAGACACGUGUUAAAUACUUUCUUUCUAAAGAUGAAUUAUAAAACUGCUAGUUGUCAGAAUUAUCAAUGAGAGAAGGUUUAUAAAGAUUACUAAGCUUUCUUGAACAUAAGCAUGCCGUUGGAGAGCAUAAUUCUAUAUUUUGAACUCCGGUGAUUCCUGUUGUCACUCAUUUAUUUUUCCGUGCUUAUUCUGAAUAUUGACUUACAGGUGAAGAGGCUGCUGAUCAGGUCCAACAAUCAUAUGCAAUGUUUCCUUUGCCAAGUUCCUCAUCUCAAGAACAAUACCAUGCGCAACCAUCAAUGCAUGCACCAUCCUUUGCAUCUCACAGCCAUUCUGACUCAUCUAUCAAUGUUGCUGAUUAACCUUUAGAUUUUGCACCUAGGUUUGUCGUGAUGGUGACCUGCAAAUGCAAUCAACUUAUAAUCAUGAUGAUUCCGGUUCUUCAAUGAAUAACUGGUGUGCUCCAGUGGCACCUGGUGUUGGUUAUGCACCAAUACCUCCAAGUCUUCCUGCAGGGCCACAGCACAAUCCUUCUAUUACCAUUCAUGGUCAUGUAGCAGCACCACACGGAAGGUUUCCUGGACCUGGUCACCCUCCAACAAUUCCACCAAAUGGUGCACCCUAUUCCCUUAGUACAGUAGCUACGAUUCAUCAUACUGCUGCUUUCUCUGCUGAUGCAUAUGGCGUUUCUGGUGUUCCUGAACGUCCUAAGAAGGCACCAGUCCCUAACUGGCUUAGAGAGGAAAUAAAGAAAACAGUCAUUGCUGCUCCUUCAGCAGAUCAUCCAAAAGUUGAACAAACACUUGUGCGUGAUGGCAUUGAUAAAUCAUAUGUGAAGGCUGAUGAUGAGACAUAUAGUAGAAGUAUUGAUUCGUCUAGAUCAGCUGAGGAUGAAGAGGACUAAGAGGUUACUGAUGAAUUGUUUGAUGAGAUUGCAACCAAAGUUCUUAGUGAAGACAAUCUGCCUGCUGAAGGUCCUGCAUAUUAUGGUUCUGAUGCCGAUGAUGAAAUUGAGAGUUCCAAUGUGCCUGCUCCUGCAAAAGAUGCUGCAUAUAUGGUUAAAACCAACUCAUCGCUAUCCAGAUAUAGCAAUGGUGAUGCUAUUGAUCAAUUACAUGAUGCUAAGAUGACCGAAGAAUCUGAUCAUUCAGAUUCCAAGAUAGUUUAUAAAGAUGCCAGGGAUAAUGGGUUUGAUGCAAUUGAAAGAAGCCACACAAGAUUUAAUGGUUACAGCUCGAAAGACAUGUCAGGGGUGCCGAUGAGACUAAAUAAAAACUCAUUCUUUGUUUCUUCUUCAAGAAAUGAAUGAAACGUGCAGCACAGUGGAAUUUAUGGUGUUGGGUCGGUCACUCAAGAAUCAUGAAACUGGCAUGCUCGAUCUGUGCCGAUAGUCGCUUCUGUUUGCUACG